GGCGAGAGCAUGGAGGGCGACUACUCGCACUGCGACCUGUCGGACCCGGACUUCGAGGGCGAGUUGACCAAGCGCAGCGUGUGGCUCAAGGAGUGGCGCAAGCGCUACUUCGUGCUCAAGGGCAACAAGCUCUACUUCUGCCGCGCGCAGGGCGAGCCGGCGCACGGGCUCAUCGACCUGGCGGACUGCCUGACCGUCAAGUCGGCGGAGGAGAAGACCAACAAGCGCUUCUGCUUCGAGGUGGCCACGCCCGACUCGACCUUCUACAUGUACGCGGAGAACGAGAAGCAGAAGGACGAGUGGAUCGGCGCCAUCGGCCGCGCCAUCGUCAAGUUCUCCAGCUCCUUCACGGGCGACCAGGACGACGACGCCAACUGAUUACGUUAAGCUUAGCAGCCACUCGAUGC